ACGUAGUGUGGGAUCAGACCCUUAGAUCUUAGAUCUUACGACAAGGAUGGCGAUGGCGGCUGAGAAUGUGUGGAUGCGCAUGAUGGCCCAGAGCACAUGGCUCUCUGUCGAUGAUCCCGAGGCUCAUCUUCCGUUGUUUCUGUUAGGAUCGCUGAUCGGGACGGUGCUCGUCUGUCUGUUCACUGCCAGAACGCUUUCUUGGCUGGGUGCCAGAAGAUGGAGCCGGUUUGGAAAACCGAAGGAGGAAGAGGAGGCAAAGGCCGGGCGUAAACGCAAACUGCGUCUGCCCCCCGGGCCUGCACCAUGGCCGAUCAUGGGCAAUCUGUUUCAGCUGCAACGUCACCCCCACAGAGGGCUUGCCAAGAUGGCAGAGAAGUACGGCGGGGUGAUGACCGUCCAGCUGGGCUCGGUUCGGACGCUGGUGGUGUCCAGCCCGGCCGCUGUCAAGGAGAUUCUGGUCGAUCAGGGAGCCACGUUUGCCUCACGACCGCUAACUGCGACCAUUGACGCGUUGACAUGUGGCGGUCGGGAUCUCAUCUUCGCCCCGUACGGUGCCUUGUGGCGGAAGCAGAGGAAGAUGGCCAGCGUGCAAAUGUUCUCCCCAAAGAGGAUGGCACAGGUAGACGGGAUCCAACGAAAGUUCUUCGCUUGCCUAGAGGAGGAGCUGCUGAGGAAAGGAGGAGGAUCAGGAGGAGCAGACAAGCAGGGGGGAGGAGAUAUGGGGGGAAAGGAGGAGGGGAAUGAUUCGCCGGGGAGGACCGAGGAGAGGACGAACACCUCCUCCUCCUCCUCCUUCUCCUUCUCCUUCUCCAAUCACGCGUCUGAGGCAAAGGUAGGUGGUGGAAGAGACAAAAUGGAGGCCAUCACUGACGGGCGGCGGGGCACGGACGGGAUCGGAAGCUGCCAGCCUGAUGAUGGAAAUGUCCGGGACCGCAGUGCGGGGACCACCACAGUGGAAGGACUCGAGCCGGUGGAUUUGCGAGAAAAAAUGUUUUGCUUCAUCCUGGACACGUUAACGUAUGUCAUAUUCGGCUCCCCUGUGACGCCUGGGAUGCGCCGCCGCGUGGCAAGGUCCCAGCUUGCCGUGGACUGCGGCUCGAAGACAACGACGAUGACGACGGGAUCGCAGCAGGAUGGUGAUGGUGAUGGCGUUCAAGAUGCCACAAGGAAGAUGAGUCGGGCUUCCCUCCAGACUACGAAGGCGGGGCACGCAUCCCUCGACAAUGCCGAUGGCGAUGACAAGCAAAUGGCAAAGGGAUUGCACGACGUCAUCUUGGCAGCGAUGGAGGCGAUGUCCCUGGUACAGAUACCGGACUUCGUCCCGAGCUUAAGCGUCUUCUACAAGGGCUACCUUCGCUACGUGCGAGGGGUGUCACUCAGAUUCCGCACCCUGAUCUUGGAGCUCGUCGAGAAGAGGCUGGAAUCACGACAAAAGUUCAUAGUGGGCGACAGCGCCGUCCUAGAUCGAGGCCAACCAACAGCUUUGACCGCCGUCGGAUUGAAUUUCGAGAAUCCGGAUGCGAUGGUGGAUGUGGUGUUCGAUAAUCUCCUCUCUGAUGAGACGACUGCUGCUGCUGGCGCCGCGGCGACGGCGACGGCCGUGGCUGCGAAGAACUUGGCGGCUUCUCGCAGCUUUAAGGACGGCCAGGAGGUUGCUUACGGCGAGACGGAAGCCUGCCUGCUGUUAAUGAGUCUGUUAUCAGCGGGCACGGACACGACGACCUCUGUAACUGUUUUCCUUCUGAUGGAAUUGCUCCGUCAUCCGAAGAUGAUGGCGAAGCUGAAAGCAGAGGUAGAUGAGGCCGUCGAAGUCGCAGGAGAUUCGCAGAAGUUUCUAUCAGAGAAUGAUCUGGAGAAUCUGCCUUACCUCAAUGCAGUUCUGUACGAGACGCUGCGUCUGCACACCCCCGGUCCGCUGUUUACUCAUCAAGCUGUUGAAGACGCUGUAGUGUUUGGCUAUGACGUCCCGGCAGGGACUCAGGUGCUUGUCAACGCUUGGGCCAUUAUGCACGACCCUGAGGUGUGGCCCGAGCCAUGGGAGUUUCGCCCCGAACGGUUCAUCCGAGAUGGGCGGCUGGCCGACGACCUGCAUCCUGAUGGAAAGAACUUUGCCUUCAUCCCGUUUGGUUCGGGAAGAAGAGUGUGCCCAGGUAUGCGGUUCGCGCUCAACAGUGUUCGGUUCGUUGUUUCCAGGCUGGCCCAGCGGUUUGACUUUACGUUGCCACGUGGCGUCCAGCCCGAAGACUUGGACUUUACCGAGCGUGACGGAAUUGUCAUCUUCCCGGAAAAUCCGGUGCCGAUCGUCUUCCGUCCAAGAUCAAUAGGUGUUGCAGUGCAUAGGGAAGCUCUUUUCUGCUGUCGAGUGGGUGUCACAGAGUAUCUUCGAAGCCUGGGAGCCGAAGCAGGACAGCACAAACAACGGACGGACGACGAUAAUGAUGCUGAUAAUAAAUCGUUGGCAUCGUUGGAAUCACCUCAAAAUGGCAAUCGUGAUGAUGAUGAUGAUGAUGAUGAGAAUGGGGAUAAUGGUGAUAAUGAUGAUAUGAAUCGUUGGAACCUGAAGAUUGGGAAUGGCGAUAGUGAUGAUGAUAAUGAAUCGUUGGCAUCAUUGGGAUCACCUCAAAAUAGCGAGUGUGAUGAUGAUGAUGAUGAUGAUGAUGAUUAUGAGGAUGAGGAUGAGGAUGGGGAGAAUGGUGAUAUGAAUCGUUGGAAUCAGAAGACUGGGGAUAAAGAAAGGGAAAACCAUAACGCAGAUCUGGGCGGUAGAGUCGAGUGGGAUAAGAAGAGAAGCGAAGACAGGGGAGGGGGUUUCAAUGAUUCAGGCUACAUGUCAUUGAAAGGUAGUGAACAGGAGGGCGAAGACAACAGUGUGGAAAAAGCUCGUACCCGGCAGGGGAGGAGAUGGGAUUCGAGAAUUCCUUGGUGCUGAGAGAGAACGUGUGUGUGUGUGUGUGUGUGUGUGUGUGUGUGUGUGUGUGUGUGUGUGUGUGUGUGUGUGUGUGUG